CAGGAUCAUUCCUCUCCUUCCCUUGGCAGUGUAUGGUUGCCCGAGUGUAGUACACUUACCGCAAGUGCUGUACUCGCAGUGUCUGAAGAAAGUGGUCCAGAGAAUAUAUAUAAAGGAUACAUACAAGCAUUUUGGCGCUCAGCGACUAUGGAUACUUCUGAUCAGUCAGUGUUCACAGAAUUAAUUGGUUAUUCAUACGAUGAUAAUCUCUUCAAAGGGGCAUCCCAAGUGAAAUUAGCUGACGAUCCUUAUUUCGGCUCUACCUUUGCCCCGGCUAUAACUCAGUUUCCUGAGCUGAUGGCGUCCCCCGACGCUCUCCUGGGCCUGCAGAUGCCGCAGGACCUGCAGGAGGUGGUCAACACACUACUGCCGGAGGAAGACUUCCCUCUCGGGCAGUACGACACAUCUACCUCGCUAGACAUGGAGUUGGGUGCCUUAUCCCUCUGGCCAGACGACGACCCGCUGAAUCUUGGUACCAUCAGUCCCGACGAAAUCUUACAGAGCCCGAUGAGCAGUGCCGCAGCGUCUAGGCCACUCCAGCAAGACACUCGUAGGAGACGGAAGCCAAAGAGAAGCCCCAAGGAGACUACCAUCGAUGAACCUCAGACGUCCUCUUCCUCCCUGAUGCCGUCCAACCCGCUGUUCUACCCGCUACCAGAGGACCUGGGCGUGACCAAUCCUGUUUCCCCUCUCGGUGAGAGUGACACCGGCAGCAGCAGCAGCGAGGCCGGUCCCAGACACCGCCAGCGACGUCCCCGGGUAGCAUACAGUACGCUGACUGAGGAGGAGAAAUAUAAGCGCAUCAGAGACCAAAACAACGUGUCUUCACGGUUGUAUCGAGAGAGACACCGUCAUCAGUUAACUAACCUCCAACAGGAUGAGCAGAAGCUAAAGGAGAGGAACCAGAAGUUGCGAGCUAAGGUUGCUGGUCUGGAACAACUCAGGGACCAAAUGAAAGAAUAUACUCACACAUUCCUGCAGCAGCAUAUGGGUGCCGCCAGCAUCAACCGGAAGGGUCAACAUUGAUAUUAAUAUAAGGCUCGCUUCCUAGCUAUCAUGUACAGUAUAGGAAAUACAAAAUUUAUAAUGUACAACCCCAGUGAUACUCGUAUAAAGUUCAUAUGCAAAUGUUUGUAUGCUCGUGUUCCAUGUAUGCUCAAGAAUGUUCAUAGUGACCUGUAAUAUUUUAUAUUUAUUCAAUUUUUUAAAUAUAUUUUACAUAUUUU